UCCGGGAGCAACUCGGAAGCGGCGGAGCGGGCGCGGCCUGAUGCGCCGCGGUGGAGCGGAUGAGCGGGUCGUGGGGGCCGCUGUGCGGGACGCAGGGCUCCGCGGGAGGCCGGCCGGCAGUACCCCAAGUGUGACCAUAAGAUAUGAUUCUUUGCCUGCUGUACGAAUCUUCUUAAGUACUUUUUUUGCCAUUUGGUCACCUGGCUUCAACUACAAUGCAACAAGCUUUAGAACUGGCAUUGGAUCGUGCAGAGUAUAUCAUUGAAAGUGCCCGUCAGAGACCUCCCAAAAGAAAAUAUUUAUCCAGUGGAAGAAAAUCUGUAUUUCAAAAACUCUAUGAUUUAUACAUAGAAGAAUGUGAAAAAGAGCCUGAGAUAAAGCAGAAGCUGAGGCGAAAUGUGAAUUUACUUGAGAAGCUGGUUAUGCAGGAGACGUUGUCAUGCCUGGUAGUGAACCUCUAUCCGGGAAAUGAGGGUUAUUCACUUAUGCUCAGGGGAAAAAAUGGUUCAGAUUCUGAGACCAUCCGGCUGCCUUAUGAGGAAGGAGAGCUGCUUGAAUAUUUGGAUGCAGAGGAACUACCACCUAUUUUGGUUGACCUUUUAGAAAAAUCUCAGGUUAACAUUUUUCAUUGUGGAUGUGUCAUAGCAGAAAUACGUGACUAUAGGCAGUCUGGUAACAUGAAAUCUCCAACAUACCAAAGCAAGCACAUUCUUUUGCGUCCGACAAUGCAGACUUUAAUUUGUGAUGUGCAUUCUAUAACAAGUGACAACCACAAAUGGACACAGGAGGACAAACUCCUACUUGAAAGCCAACUUAUUCUGGCUACGGCAGAGCCUUUGUGUCUUGAUCCUUCAAUAGCAGUGACCUGUACUACAAAUAGACUCCUGUACAACAAGCAGAAGAUGAAUACUCGUCCCAUGAAACGGUGCUUCAAAAGGUACUCAAGGUCGUCUCUGAACAGACAGCAGGAAGUAGCUCACUAUUCAGCUCCACCUCAGCUCAGGCUACUUGACUACUUGCAGAAGAGAAAGGAGAGGAAAGGAGCCCAGCAGUAUGACCUCAAAAUUUCUAAAGCUGGAAAUUGCGUAGAUAUGUGGAAACAGAACCCUUGCUACUUGACUGCACCUUCUGAAGUGGACGUGGAAAAGUAUGCCAAAGUGGAAAAGUCUAUCAAGCCUGAUGACUCGCAACCAACUGUCUGGCCAGCACAUGAAAUAAAAGAUGAUUAUGUGUUUGAAUGUGAAGUUGGUAAUCAGCUUCAAAAAACAAAACUGACCAUUUUUCAGUCUCUUGGCAAUCCUUUGUACUAUGGUAAAAUUCAGACACUCAAAGGUGAUGAAGAAAAUGACAACCUAUUAACUCCAUCACAGUUUCUUAUUGGUUCCAAGACUGAUGCUGAAAGAGUGGUGAACCAGUAUCAGGAGUUAGUACAAAAUGAAGCUAAAUGUCCUGUGAAAAUGUUUCAUAAUUCAGGUGGAUCAGUCAAUCUUAGUCAUCUUUCUCCAGGGAAGGAAAUGGAACAGCCAGAAAGUAUAUCAGGCUCUGUUCAGUCUUCAGUAUUGGGCAAAGGUGUAAAACACCGACCUCCUCCCAUCAAAUUACCUUCAAGUUCAGGAAGUAGCUCUUCAGGUAAUAUUUUUAGUCCGCAACAGUCAAGUGGCCAUCUAAAAUCCCCAACUCCUCCUCCUCCUUCUAAGCCUCCUGGUCUUUCUCGGAAACAAUCUAUGGAUCUUAAUCAAGUUAGCAUGCUCUCUCCAGCUGCCAUGUCUCCUGCAAGCUCUUCACAAAGGUCUGGAACUCCUAAACCAUCUACUCCUACUCCAACCAGCACCCCUUCAUCGACCCCACACCCUCCUGAUGCUCAGAGCUCAACUCCUAUUACCCCUUCUGCCACCCCUACUCCCCAAGAUUCAGGCUUCACCCCUCAGCCCACUUUGUUAACCCCGUUUGCUCAGCAGCAGAUGUCUCUGAGCCAGGCACUGCCUGUAAUGACCAUUCCUCUUUCCACCAUGGUAACAUCCAUUACUACAGGAACAACAUCCACCCAGGUCAUGGCAAACCCUGCAGGACUUAACUUCAUCAAUGUAGUGGGCUCUGUGUGUGGAGCGCAGACACUGAUGAGUGGUUCAAACCCUAUGUUGGGGUGCAACACUGGUGCCAUAGCCCCUGCAGGUAUAAAUCUGAGUGGCAUUUUACCAUCAGGAGGUCUGGUACCAAAUGCGCUGCCUGCUGCAAUGCAGUCUGCCUCUCAAGCAGGCAGCCCCUUUGGUUUGAAAAAUGCAUCAAAUCUUCGGCCCUUAAAUCUUCUACAGCUUCCAGGUGGUUCACUUACUUUUAACCCACUCCAGCAGCAGCCGCUGUCACAGUUUUCUCCACAGCAACAAUCUCAGCAAUUUACAACCUGUAGUCCUCAGCGACAGGGAGAACAGGUGUGUGCUAACAGCCCUCAGCCUGGGGUGCAUGGACCAAACAGUUUCUCCUAUUCUCCCCAUCUCCACAAGUAGAUCUGAAGCAGAGGGAAAGUCUUCCUCCAAACCUUUCUCAAACUGCAAAGACUGCAGCGGCUUUUUUGCCAUGGCUGGAGCUGGGUUAUUCUCCUUUAUUUAUAUCCUGUAUAAAAGAGCUAUGACAAAACAACUGGCUAAACGCUAACUCUAGUAUGAAGAGAGGUGUAAAAUCAGCUUAGUGUUGUCCUGUUUAGCUGAUGUAGAGAUACAUCAGAUGAAUACAUUAAAACCAUAAUCAGGAUAACUACAGAGUAAGUACAAAUUCUUACACUGCUGUGAGUUGGCUUAUGAUCCUCACUGCUGCAGUUCAGCAGAAUUGUUCUCUUUGCACCAGAGGAAGUACCAGUUGGCUUUAAUCAUUGAAGAAGUCUAAAGUCCUGAAAGAGACCGAUCUGCCUGUCAGUCAAAAUGGCAGAUUUUGAGUGGUUGGUUCUACCUGUGCCUAAAACCUUUACCAGCACUAAUGCAGCAAUGUGGGAGAAGUAGCUGCUCUGCUUUUGUGGUCUUCAGCUUUUGUCUUCCCAGACUUCUGUUCUACCAAAUAGCCUCUACUGGAUACUCAGUUUGUCAUGAUAAUUUUGCUCAUUCUGCUAUAGACUGGUCAUAAAUAAGAUACCUCUUUCUAAUGCUUGCAUGGCAUAUAAGUCUCCUGUGUCACAAGCCUUGUUCUGGAAUGCGGGACAGUUUAAUGGGAUUUGUUCGCAGAAUACAAAUAUCAGUUUCUAUUUGAACUACUAAAAAGGAAUCAUGCAAGCUCAUACUAUUGGGUUUUAUCUUUGAGACAUUCAACUUUGAAGGGCAUUUACAAAAGAGCUGAUGUGAGCUUAGUUCUUCAUGUGGCAGAAAGUUCUUCUGGAGGAAAUCAGUCUCUCUCUGCAUUGGCUGACUUGCCCUAACGAACUUCUCUCCUACCACACAUUAUAGGCUAGGACUAGGGUCAUGAGCUAAAAUGAGCUCAAACAAAUACUCAAUUCCUUAGCUUUCACAAAGGACAAGAACAUAUGUGCUCAUAGUGCUGUAGUCUCAAGUGCUUUGUGGAAAAAACCUAUGCCCAAAAAGCAGCAGUUUUCUGUGCUGCAAACAGGAUAUGUAUGUUCUCAUCUCAUGUUUAGAGUUUUUCCCCAAAUGUUGGUUCUGUGACAUUCUAAGUCUUAGUCAUCUCCAUCAAGAUGAUGACGUCUUCUUAAUGUGUAGUCUUUUGGUCAAAUUUACUUAGGUCUUAGUGGCAUUAUUUCAUAUGGUUAUUCUAAAGAAGCAUUGCAACUCUGGAAGUGCACCAGCUCAAAAGCUUUUCUUUAUUUUCUGACAGAUAAACCAUGCAGCUUGCUUGAAUUGCGUAUGUAAUACUUUAUUUCCCCACUUACGAAUCAGUGCACAAUUUAAGUUCUAGAAGAGGUCAUAAUUCAGUACCCUUUGACUUCAGUAGACACUAGGUCAGACUCCACUAAUUCCAUUCGAAUGAUUACUGUGAGAACAAUUCUGUUCUGAAAAUCAAAUUUUAAAAGCAGGGUUUGUAUUAUUUAUGAAAUCAAGGAGCGUGUGGCACAAUGUGAACAUGUGAAUGUAAGCUUCAGACCUGGCAUAUUUUGAUUGACGAAGACCUUUGCAUAUGGAUGGUUUCAGGUGUCACCUGAAGACUUUGGGGUUGGGAGUGGGACAGGAAAUUGUCGUAAGAUUGCAACCAUGAACUGUAGUCUCUCCUGGCUGUAGUGAAGUUGACAGCUACAUGGGACUUCUGCUGGGUGACAGGCAUUAUACCAUUUCUGCCAAAAUGGAGCUGGUUUGGGGCAUUCAACAUCUGUUUGUUUUACGGUAGUAGUGACUACAACAUAGCCUGUAUCCACAUGCACUGGAAGAUGUAGAAUUAAAUGGUUUUAAGUGGCACUUCAAAAGUUUGCCUUCACACUAGCUUUAUUUACUUAUUCAUUGAUACCAAAGUUUGGUAAUAAGGAUCAAGCUUUUCAUUUUUGCUAGGGCUCUGACCAAGGUCCAUCUACUCAAGAUCAGGCAUUAUCUGCCCAACAAGCUGCUGUAAUUAACCUGACCGGAGUAGGGAAUUUUAUGCAAC